AUGGACGAUUCAGUCAGAUCUUUAAUCAGAUUUGUUAGCAGAGGGUUUUAUAGCACGCCUUAUGUCUUGAUUUUAGAUGCAGUCUUGCGUCAUUCUGUACUAUCAGAAGAUGAUUUAAUUUAUUUGAUUGGAAUUAAACGAAAAGAGUUACGGUCCCUUUGCAAUAGAUUAGUUGAAGAUAGACUAUUGGUGAACCACAUACAACGAGAAGAUAAUGGACAACAAAAGUACAUCACUAGAACCUAUUUUUAUAUUCACAUUACUGAAGCCAUUGAUUCGAUUAAAUGGAAAGUCCACUCGAUAGUCAAUCAAUUAAAGCAAGAAAUGUCAAGUUUCGGUAAUCCUCAAGGGUAUGUGUGUCCUAGAUGUGGUAAAAAAGUUUCCCAGUUGGAUGCUAUUUCAUUAUUGAGUGAAGAUAAAACUGAAUUUAUAUGUGAUGUAUGUCAGGGAGUAUUGAUUGAAGAUGAUUCAUCACAACAAGCAAUAUUGAAACAAGAGAAAUUGGAAGAUUUGAUGUUGCAAAUUGAUCCUAUUAUAAAGUAUUUGAAAAUUAUUGAUGAUAGUCAACAAAUACAAGAUAAUGAUUUUGAAAGCUCAUUAUUACAAGCAAUCCCCGCUCAAUCAGCAACAACGGCUCAAUAUACAUUAUCUAAUAGGGUCAGCUCCAAAUCCAGAUCAAAUGCACAAGCAAUGCAAAACGCAGCAGCUAGAUCACAAGCCACUUUACAUGUUUCAAUUACAGCCAAUGAUGAGAAUUAUGAACGAGAACAAUUGGAAAAGGAAAGAAGAAGACAAAAAUUGGAACAAAAUGCAUUGCCCUCAUGGCAUUCAAAUAGUACUGUUGGUAAUUCUCAGAAUGUUGAUUAUGUGAAGGAUGAAGUAGAAGAUGACAAUGGAGGUGAACGUGGCGUCAAGGAAGAAGAUAAUGAAGAAGGUGGGAGUGGUGAGACCAAAGUUAAAGCUGAAGAUGGCCAUGACAAUGGCACUGAAGCUAUCAAACAAGAGGCUAGUGGUGAAGGCAAUAGUGGGUUGAACGAUGGAAAUGACGGUACUGAGGCAUCAUCAGUAUUAGCUACACCUGAACCUACAUCUUCAACAACGCCUCAACAAACAGCAUUCAGCAAUAACACACAUGCUGAUAUCAAGGAUCAAGAAGCCCAGAAUGCAUUGGCGCAAUACUAUGCGCAACUUGCUGAACAAGAAGGAGAUGAUGAUGACGAUGAUGACGAUGAAGAUGACGACGACGAAGAUGAUGAGGAUGAAUUUGAUGAUUUGAUUUAA